AUGUUGCGGCGGUUUGUUUCGAGAAGCAUGUCCGGGCCGGAGCUCAGCGCACGGUCGGCGGGGGCGGUUUCCCCUGUUCAGAUCCAGGCUUCCGGAAGCUCAUCGCUGACUUUAAAUGCCACGGAGGCCAAGCGUAGGACGACACAGGACAAGAAGCACCUGAAGCGAGCUCUGUCCACCAUCGAGAAGGAUUCCCUUCGGUACAAGAGCAACCUCUUGAAGCCCUGGCUAGAUGAGAAUGGCCAGGUUAUCUGGCCGCAAUCCCGGAUCAGGGUUGCCAAGAUCGUUCUGUCGCAAAGCUUUGAGACGGUCAUGGGCUUGAUCAUCUCCGCCAAUGUGGUGAUCAUGAUUUUUGAGACUGACGCAGAUGCUACAUGUCACCGGCCCCCCAGUGGCACGGUUGCUGAUCCGAGCUAUAGCAUGUCCACCUGCACAUCCCAGAGCUCCUCGAUAUUGUGGCUGAGCAUCGUGAACUAUCUGCUACUGACCAUUUAUACAGUCGAGUGUGCCCUGCGUGCUUUUGUGGAACGCGGAGCCUACCCCUGGAAUAGGUGGAAUCAGAUCGAUCUCCUCACAGUUGUUUCGGGAUGGGGCUCGGCGCUCUUGGCUUCCACUCUUCCAAUCAAUGUUCUGCGGAUCCUCAGACUGAUCCGCCUGGUGCGAGCUGCUCGCGUCGUGAUCUCUGUGCCAGAAUUCUACAUCUUGGUCUCAGGUUUCACCUCAUCCUUCAAGGCCAUCCUGUUCGGAUCGGUCAUGCUUGUGUGUAUUAUCGUGGUGUGGUCGAUCAUCGUGGUCGAGGUUAUACACCCUGUGAAUGUUGGGCUCGACUACCCUGCUUCCUGUGACAACUGCCAUGCUAAAUUCAAGAGUGUUUGGUCAGCGAUGCUCACGAUUUUCCAACAAGUAGUUGCCGGAGAUUCCUGGGGAGAGACUUCUCUCCCCUUGGUAGAAGCAGAACCUUUGACCAUUCUCAUCCUGUUUCCCAUCAUGAUGACUAUCUCGUUGGGUGCCAUGAAUCUUAUUCUCGCAGUCAUCGUCGAGCGUGCGACGGAGGCUCGUGAGAACGACCAGGUGGAUGACUAA